CCAACCUUUGGGUCGAUCCGCCCCAAAAGGUCAAGCUUCGCUUCCUUCCAGCAACCUCCCCCAAUCCCAGAAGCUUCAUUUUCAGCCCAAGCUGCGCUGCCUACGAACCCUCCAAAAUAAUAAUAAUAAUCCAGUCUGCAACACCACGAAAAAAUUCGGAGAUACCUACCUACGCAAAAACGAUUAAUUGAUAUAAUCACCUUUUCAGGCCCCUAAUAAUUCGAAAUAAUACUUGCUCCAUCCUAUGCACAUUGCCAUUGCGCAGCGACGAACAGAUAUGGACUCGAUAACGCGCUUCCUCUUCCUCUUUGCGAUCUUCAGCUUUUCGACGGCGCAGACUCCAUCACCGACUCCAAGUGCGAGCGCAAAUAUCUAUCCUGGGACCGCGAAAUGGACGUACCACGGCUGUUACAAUGAGACGACGGGGAUCAAUGGGACGGCGGGAUUGCGUGCGCUCAGUGGAGAAUCGACGGAUGCGAGUGAUCGCAUGAGUGUACCCGUGUGUCUGGAUAUCUGCGAGGGAGGGAACUUUGCGUUUGCGGGUUUGGAAUAUCGAAGGUACAUUACUCCUUCCCCCCUGAAAAUUGUGUUUUCAUGGUGAGCUUGUGCUAAUUGGAAUAGGGAGUGCUACUGCUCCAAUUACCUCUCCGCCUUAUCGACCAAGAUCGACGAUAAGAUGUGCUCCCUCUCCUGUCAAGGAAACGAUACGCAGAUUUGUGGUGGGUCACUGGCGCUCUCGGUCUACCAGGCGAAAAGCUCCAAGGAGAGUGCGAGCACGAAGGGGGUGAGGGAGAGACCUGUGGGCUCGAUAUUAGCGCUUGGCAUCGCUAUUGGGGUUCUGCUUUGUCUGGCUUAAUUGGGAUGAAUGAGGGGAGAGCGGAUAAUAGCAUGGUGGUGGAGUUAAUUGAUGGCGAGGGAGAUUGUAUAUUUCUGCCGAGGCGAUGGCGUUUGUGGUGUUUUCAUAACUUCAUUGCUUCUUCUUUUCUUUCUUCUUCUUUUUUCGCGGGCUAGAGACUCGAUGGCACGACUAGGGAUGGGCUUGUAUAUAGUGAUCUUGAUGAUUGGAUGGCAAGGAGUUAUUGCACGGAGCUUUCACCUUUUUUGGAAUGCAGAAUGCAUGUUGCAUUAGCAAUGGAUAGAUAAAAGUCUGACGAGUCUGAUGAGCUUUGGAGAGAGAAGCUUGGGGACUUGGAUAGAGCGAGCA